AUAAUUACAAAAUACCACCCCAAAACUAAUACCGGAUAAAGCAUAAACCCCUUCUCUCCUUUGUUUUAUCCCAAGAGUCACUCUUUCUUUUCUUUUUUUAUGCAGAAUAUUCCUUCUUUAAAUCCCUGCUAUUUCAACUCUCCCAUUCCCAUCUCCUUUAUAUACCCCCCUACACCAAACUCCAUCUCUCUUCAUUUCCCAUUUCCCAUCUCUACAAACUAAACUACCAGCAUACCAAAAAUGGCCGUGAAUGUGAGAAGAUGCAAUAAAAGAGUGACGGAUCCUUUCAACAACGAGGAGGUUCGAGCUAGAAUAUUCAGCUCAAUCGGCAGUACUAGCAGCAGUGGUAGCGAGCACGAUGCCGAAACUGAUAUUGUUUCGUCGUCGUCCUCGUCGCAUUCAAUCUCUUCUUCAUCCACAUCCUCCACCUCUACCUCUUUAUGCCUAUCUCAUCUUGUCCAGAACUUCCUAGAAUGUGGUAGUAAUUCUCCUUCCAACACUACUACUACUACAACUACAACCACCUCUGAUAAGAUCGAAACUCGCGACUCGUCCGAUUCUGACUCGGAAGAUUUCCUCCACUCCGACCCUACCGCGAUGAUCCGCGACGUUAUUGUUCCAAUCAUAUGGAACAAUGCUGAUCCCUUUCGCAACCAUCUUAUCUCUCACGUAACAAAAGCGAUUGAGAUUUUCUCUUUCUUCCGAGAUAAAACUAGAUCCAUAUUUAACCGGAAUUUAAUGGCGUAUCUUCGUCAAAUCGGGUACAACGCCGGAAUUUGCAAGACAAAAUGGGACGCUUCUGCUGGCGGAACCCUAACUGCCGGAAACUACGAGUUUAUCGACGUUAUCUGCUCAAAUUCGACGGCGAGAUACGUAAUCGACGCGGAAUUUUCUGGUGAGUUUGAAAUCGCGAGAGAAACGUCGAAUUAUAAGAAAUUGAGAAGCUCGUUACCUAGGGUUUUUGUCGGUAAAGUAGAAGAUCUGAAUAAGAUGAUACGGUUGAUGUGUGAUGAAGCGCGAAGAUCGAUGAAAAUCAACGGCCUUACUUUGCCGCCAUGGAGGAGGAAUCGUUACAUGCAAAUUAAAUGGCUUGGCAAGUAUCGUAGAACUACCAAUUGUUUAGCGGCUCCGCCGGUUUCUUCUUCGGCCGUUGGGUCGAAUUUUGCUGUGAAAUGUCGGUCGGUUGGGUUUGAUGUUUCCGGUGAUAGUGGCCGGUUUGUAUAUCCGCCGGUUGCUAGGACUAGAUAAUUUUUGGUUAAUUUUUUCAAAUUUUACGGUGGCAGAUUUUAAGUGGAAUUUUUAUACUAAUAUGUCUGGAAAUUUUGAGGGGAUAUAUUAAUAUCAUUUUGUCUCGUUCUUAGGAUUCUCACUCCAUUGUACGGGCUUUUUUAAUAGCAACUCCAGUUAUGGUAAUGAUAUUUAUGUACUUUUUCUUAUUAAAAAAUAUUUAUGUAUUUUUUUAAAA